CUGAUAGAACUGAAAACUUUCACUUGGAACGGAAAAUAAGAAGUUAAAAAAACAAACUUAUCUUCCUCCUCCUCCUUCAUCAUCUUCUCGUCAUCCUCAUCAUCAUCAAUCCAGUUUUCUUGUAUCAACAUGGAUUCGUAACUUUAUUCAAACUUGAUCAUCUUCAUCUUCCGUCUGGAGAUCACUUUCUCCCUUAAAUCAUCUCCCUCUUCUCACUUACUUUCUCUUCCCUGUAGCUUAUCAUCAUCACCGUUAUCCUCAGCUUAUUUUCAUCAUCAUUUUUGAUCUGACUUCAUCUUCUCAACAACAACCAAAUAUUUUACCAUUGAAUUAGUUUCUUUCCGUACAUCGAAUGGUCCAAAAAUGAAAGUGACAAUAUGUUUAAUUGUUUCACUUUCCGUGAUUCUAAUUGCGGAAGCCUCUCACAAUCCAAAGAUGAACGUUGAUUUCGGUAUUAAUUUACCUUCGAUGUCAUUUAAUCUUCCGGGUAUGGCGAUGCCAAAGAUGAGGAUAACAGCGAUAGUUAACAAAUCGAAACCAAAGAAACCAAUGAAGAUUGAACUUCCAGCAAUUAGUCUUCAUGCUAAAUCGUUAGAGGAUCCAUGGGGUUCAUCUGGUGGUGGAUCUGAAUAUUCAAAUGGCGGUGGUGGAGGUGCCGCUUAUGGUGGUGGUGGAAAUGCUGGUGGUUAUAAUGCCGGUGCUGGUGGUUCCAAUGGUGGAUAUGGUGGUAAUCAAGGUGGAGGUGAUGGUUGGUCUGAUGGUGGGUCAACUGAUGGUUAUGCCAGUGAAAAUGAGGAGGAAUAUCAAGAAGGCCAUGAAGAUGGUGGUUAUGAUGAAGAUUCAUAUGAACAACCAGCUCCACAAUCUAAUGGAUACAAUCAAAAUAACGGUUACAAUCAACAGGCUGGUGGUAAUUACGGCGGUGGAUCCAACGGUGGGUCUUAUGGUAAUCAAGAAGGUCCAAAAGGAGGAUAUGGUCAACAACAACCUCAACAAUACCAACAACAAAAUGGAUACAAUGGUCAAUCAAAUGGUUACCCUAAUCAAGGUGAAUACAAUCAACCCCCACCACCACCACCACCACAAUCAUAUAAUAAUAAUUAUCAACAACAAGCUCAACCAAAUCAAUAUCAUCAACCCGCUGCCCAACAAGGUUAUGUACCUUCACAAGGAUACAAUCAGCCACCACCACCUCCGGAAUAUCAUCCUAAUCAACCACAAUCAGGUGGAUAUACUCAGAAUCAAGAAUACAAUCAUCAAGUACUCAAAUAUGGUCCACCUCGACCUGAUCAGGAUUAUCAGGGUGGUCAAGGUGCUUAUCCUCAACAACAAUCAGGGUAUGCUGGUCAAAAUGGUGGAUACAAUCAGGGUGGAGGUGAUAAUUAUGCUAAUAAUAAUGGGGGUGGUUAUGGUCAAUCUAAUUAUGGUCCUAAUUAUGCCGAGGGCAAAGAAUUGUAUGUUUAUGGACAAACUCCAAAAAAGGUUCGAUUCUAUCCAGAUAAAUAUCAAUCUUCUGGAUAUAAUAAUGGACAAAAUAAUAAUAACAAUUAUGGUCAACAACAAGGUUAUGGACAAUCAACUGAUUAUGCAGCUAAUUCACCAACUUCGGUGACACUUUCAACUGGAUAUAAAUCACAAUCAACUUCAUCAUCACCAACAUCCAAUAGCUCAUGGAAACCUGUACCUGGUUCAAGUUACUAUGGUUAUCAAUAGUUAAUCAAUCAAUUAAUCUACUUAAUUAUCAUUUGUAAUAUUUUCCAAAUUCAUUUAUUAUAUAAAUAGUAAUAAUUACCUUUCUUUCAAUUGUAAUUUAAUUUUUCCCAAAGAUGAAUUGGAUUAGAAUGAAAAACUUUUCAUCUCUUGCGGAAAAAACAAACUCUCAGCAUCAUCUUUUUGGUGUAAUAAAUUAAAACUUCUCAUUGUCUAGUUA